AUGGCAUUCCUGCGCAGUGUAGUGGCCAUUAGUUCGACGGCCAUCCGCCUGAUGGCACUGAUCCUGCUUAGAUGGAUCCCUGGUCCACCAUUUGGUCCUCUCGUAUUUACCUCGCUGGUGGUGUAUCUGUCGUCGCUGUUCCCUUUAAUCAGGGAGGAGCAGUCUGAUGAAACUCGGAGAGAGAAGGGGCCGCCACGCCCAACCAAGAACAAGCCAGCGUCUGACUCAGCCAAGCCCGCUGAUUCCGCGCUGAAGACACUGUUGACAGGGGUGCCAUCUGCCAGAUCGCCACUAUGGACCUGGACGACUGUAAUAAUCAAUGUUGUGUUGGCAUUGUUGACUCUUGAUUUCCUGAUCCGUGGCUUUGUGCUUUACCCUACUACACAUGCUACGUUUGCACGGAUUGGAUAUAUCUCUCCAACUACGGCAAAUUUAGUCUUCCGAGAGCCAGAUUUGACUCGGUUGCCAAUGGUGGUCUCGUACCAAGAUAUUGCCUCUCAAAGCCCUGAAAAAUGGGUGGAAGAGGGCAUCAUCUACAAGUUGGAUAAUAGCACGGACUUCACUGCUACAGUGACCUUGAAAAACCUGAAGCCAUCAACACACUAUCGAUAUGCGCUGUCCAACAACCAGUCCGGGACAUUUCUCACUGCACCAAAACCUGGGUCUCCAGAAGCAAACCGGCUAUCUUUUGUAACAUCAAGCUGUCUCAAGCCAAACUUCCCCUACAACUUACUCCGACAUCCAUUACGAGUUCCAGGUAUCGAGCAAAUGACCGAAGCUCUGGCCAAAUUGCCAGCCCUACUUCGCCCAUCGUUUAUGCUGUUCCUAGGCGAUUUCAUCUACAUCGAUGUUCCCAUACGCUUCGGACUAUCCAUGUCCCACUACCGCAGCGAGUAUCGGCGGAUAUACUCAUCACCAUCAUGGAAUUCCGGAGCACCAGAUCACCGAGCAAUCGACCUUCCGUGGAUCCAUACGCUAGACGACCACGAGAUCCAAAAUGACUGGGCUAAGGGCAACAAAACAGCCCCAUACCCAGCCGCCGCAGACCCCUUCAUCCAUUACCACGUAAAAGGCAACCCACCAGUCCCAAAAACACCCUUCGCACCCUCAGACAACGUAACCUACUUCGCCUUCAACCACGGCCCGGCCUCAUUCUUCAUGCUAGACACAAGAACCUACCGCACAGAACCCUCCCACGAAAACUCCACAAUCCUGGGCCACGCCCAGCUCCAAUCCCUCCUAACCUACAUCUCAACCCCAGAGCCACCAGGAACACAUUGGAAAAUCAUCUCCUCGAGCGUCCCCUUCACAAAGAACUGGCAUGUAGGCACAGCAGACACAUGGGGUGGCUUCACGAAUGAACGAACCAAGGUCUUCGAAGCAAUGUGGCACGCUGAACGCACUCUCAACCUCCGAAUAAUCCUCCUAAGCGGAGACCGCCACGAAUUCGCAGCAACCCGGUUCCCAGACCCAGCACUGGCUCUACCCGAAUCCCAACUGCAGCCUAACACACCCGGAAUAGGCUUGCACGAGUUCUGCGUCGGUCCAUUGAGCAUGUUCUACCUCCCCGUCCGUACAUACCGCCAGACAGACUAUGAGGAUGUUAUGGUGAAGUAUGUACCUGAGGGAAAUAGUAAAUUCGGGCUCAUUAAUAUUGCGGAGGAAGUUGAAGAUUUGGAGCCUAAGUCUUCGGCGCCGGUGCCGGUGCGCAGUUCUGUUCUUACUUAUUCGCUUUAUGUUGAUGGGGCUGUUGUUUGGAAGUAUCGGCUUUUUGUGCCGUUGGAUCGGGAUGAGGCGGGUCGUGCUUCAUUGUCGGACUAUGAGAGGGCUUUGCGGUUGCCGCCUGGUCGUGUUGUUGAGGAUCGGAUUGUUGAUCAUUGGGGAGCUGUUGUUGGGGAUGCUGUUGGUCGAAUUCCCGAGAUGGUUAAGUCUGUUGUUGAGAUGGGGAUAGGUUGUUAUAAUUACCUCGCAGAUCGAGCUCAGAGGACUUAG